AUGGAGCGGUUCUUGAAGAGAAAAUUACCACAGCCAGCGAAUGUCAAUUUAGAUGAACUUGCUUAUGAUCCGGCUGAUAGAAAGAGAAUAACAGAAUAUCCUGGCCUAAAGCUACAAGAAGAGAUAAGAAGAAGGUAUUUGGUUAGAGGUCCUCAUAGACCACAACCUGGUUUCAAGUAUCCUCAAACAAUCAUAGCAAAAAAGCCACGACGCUUUAACCCAGAAUGGUUUGAACAAUAUGAUUGGCUAGAAUAUAGUGAAAAAGUGGAUAAAGCCUUUUGCCUAUAUUGCUACUUAUUUAGAGAUUGCAUUGAAGGUCAGGCUGGAAAUGAUGCAUUUGUGACAAAAGGGUUUUUUGGAUGGAACAAUAAAAAAAGACUUGACACUCAUGUGGGUGGGAUAGGUAGCUAUCAUAACGAAGCUGUGAAAAGAUGUAACAAUUUGCUGAAUCCAAACCAAUCCAUCGAAUUUGCACUGAAGAAGCAACAAGAUAUUGCAAAAGAGGAGUACUUUAUUCGAUUAAGUACUUCAAUUAAUGCUGUUAGGUACUUGUUGCAUCAAGGAUUAGCUUUUCGUGGCCAUGAUGAGUCUGAAGAGUCUGAUAAUAAGGGGAAUUUUCUUGAGUUAGUGAAGCUUUUGGCAGAGCAAAAUGAAAAGAUAAAGAGGGUUGUUCUAAAAAAUGCUCCUGACAAUCAUCAGAUGGUGGCUCCAUGUAUUCAAAAGGAUAUCACUAAUUGCUUUUCAGAGAUCAUAGUGAGUUCUAUUAUUGAAGAAAUUGGUGGUGAUGUAUUUUGUUUGUUGGUUGAUGAAUCGGCUGAUGUUUCUGAUAAGGAACAAAUGGCUGUGGUUUUGCGGUAUGUUGACAAACAUGGAGUACUCAAAGAAAGACUUAUUGGUGUUGUUCAUGUUACUGAGACAACAGCUUCUUGUCUCAAGUCUAAUAUUGAUGCAUUAUUUUCCAAGUAUAAAUUGAGUUGGAAACAAGUCAGAGGCCAAGGUUAUGAUGGAGCAAGCAAUAUGAGAGGUGAGUUCAAUGGAUUGAGAGCUUUGAUUAUGAGAGAGAAUGGUUCAUCAUAUUAUGUUCACUGCUUUGCCCAUCAACUUCAGUUAGUCAUAGUGGCAGUAGCUAAAAAGAAUGAUGAUAUUAGUGAUUUUUUUGACAUGAUAUCUCUUCUACUGAAUGUGGCUGGAGCUUCUUGCAAGAGAAAAGACAUGAUACGACAAAGUCAACAAGAAAGAGUAGAAAAAGCCAUAGGUAGUGGACAGAUCAGUACUGGAACAGGAUUGAACCAAGAACAAUCUCUUCAAAGACCUGGAGACACACGAUGGUGCUCUCACUAUAAGACCCUUAAAAGUCUUAACAGCUUGUUCCCUUCUGUUGUUGAAGUUCUUGAAUAUGUGGAAAAAGAUGGCCCAAAUGAUAAGAAGAAACGGCAAGCUCGUGGGCUACUAGAUUAUCUGAAGGACUUUGAUUUUGUGUUUCAUUUGCACUUGAUGUUGAUGAUCUUGGGACAUGCAAAUUCUUUGUCACUUUGUUUGCAAAGGAAAGAUCAGGAUAUAUUGGAGGCCAUGUCUGAGGUAAAAUUAACCAAGCAAAAAAUUCAGCAAAUCAGAGAUGAUGGUUGGGAAUGUUUAUUGGAGAGAAUAUAUUCCUUCUGUGAAGAGCAUGGAAUUCCUAAGCUUGAAAUGGAGGAACAAUAUAUUGAUCGCCAUAAACCAAGAUCAAAGACAAACAGAACUAAUUAUCAGCACUAUAGAUGGGAUUGUUUAAACUCGGUUCUUGACUUGCUACUUAUAGAGUUCAAUGAUCGCUUUGGUGAAACAAAUUCUAAUUUGCUUACUUACAUGGCUGCUCUUAGCCCCAAGAAUUGUUUUGGUGACUUUAAGGUAGAGAGCUUAAUGGAAUUAGCUAAGCUCUAUCCAGAUGAUUUUAGUUCAGAUGAGUUGAAGGAUCUUGCUCAUGAUCUUCCUAUUUACAUUGAUAAUAUACAAGCAGAUGAAAGAUUUUCUAAUCUAAACACUAUUACUGAGCUUGCUAAAGAGAUGGUGGACAAAAAUAAGCAUCUUGCUUUUCCUUUGGUCUAUCGACUAUUAAAGUUAGUGCUUGUUUUGCCUGUUGCCACUGCAUCUGUUGAGAGGUGCUUCUCAGCAAUGAAAAUUGUGAAGACAAUAUUGCGAAAUCGCAUUGGAAAUACAUUUAUGAAUGAUUGUAUCGUUUGCUUUGUCGAGCCAGCCUAUCUAGCCACAAUAUCAGACAAUGUUGUAAUAGACCGAUUCCAAAAGAUGGAGAAUCGUAACCGCAAAAUGCUUUUAUGAGAGGUAAAUAUCUAUGAUUUAUUUGAAAGAAUAGUAGUAUUGUUAAUUAUCAAAUUAUUUCAUAUCAGUACUUCAAUAUAUGACACAUUAAAUUUCUAUUUUCAGGUUACUUCAUCUUUGUCUUUUACACCAGCUUAUAUUGAUGUCAACGCUAUUUAGCUAUUGACUAUUGGCUGUUUUGGACUACUAUGGAGCAUUUAAAUGGUUUGUAUCUUAUAACCUUUUAUUUUAAUGUACCAUUAAAAUAUAUGUCGUUACACUAGCUAGAAACAA